CGGCUGCUGUUGUAAGGGGUGGUUUUGCCUGCGAUGCGGUGAGAGGGGGAGGCCCGCAGGCUGGAGUGGAGGGGUGGAGGCCGGCGGCUUUUUUUUCCUCGGGCAGCCGCUGAGCCUGGAAGGCUUUCUACAGGUGAGUAUUUGCAAGGUGUCCGAUGAUAGGAAACACGGACCUCGAACCCGAAACAUAAAGCAGUCACUUAUUUCUAACGUCAGUUUCAACUAUUUAUCCUUGGAUAACAGUCCAACCGAAUGAAAUUAUGUCUGGGUACAAGCCUGCAGCUAUUCAGACAUAUCCUGUACUUGGUGAAAAAAUCACCCAGGACACACUGUACUGGAACAACUAUAAGACCCCUGUUCAAAUCAAGGAGUUUGGUGCAGUGUCAAAAGUAGAUUUUUCUCCGCAGCCUCCAUACAAUUACGCUGUCACCGCUUCCUCAAGGAUUCACAUUUAUGGCCGGUACUCUCAAGAACCUAUAAAAACCUUUUCCCGAUUUAAAGACACAGCAUACUGUGCUACUUUUCGUCAGGAUGGUAAACUGCUUGUGGCUGGCAGUGAAGAUGGUGGAGUUCAGCUUUUUGAUAUAAGUGGGAGAGCUCCCCUCAGGCAGUUUGAAGGUCAUACUAAAGCAGUUCACACAGUUGAUUUUACAGCUGACAAAUAUCAUGUGGUCUCUGGGGCUGAUGAUUAUACAGUUAAAUUGUGGGAUAUCCCGAACUCCAAGGAAAUUGUGACAUUCAAAGAACAUUCUGAUUAUGUGAGGUGUGGAUGUGCUAGCAAACUGAACCCAGAUCUGUUUGUAACAGGGUCAUAUGAUCAUACUGUGAAGAUGUUUGAUGCACGAACAAACCAGAGUGUGAUCUCUGUUGAGCAUGGGCAGCCAGUGGAAAGUGUCCUGCUUUUUCCCUCUGGAGGACUUCUGGCAUCAGCAGGAGGCCGUUAUGUUAAAAUCUGGGACAUGCUGAAAGGAGGACAAUUACUAGUGUCUUUGAAAAAUCAUCAUAAAACUGUGACGUGUUUAUAUCUGAGCAGCUCUGGACAGAGGUUACUUUCUGGGUCACUGGAUAGGAAGGUGAAAGUAUAUAGUACGACUUCCUAUAAAGUAGUCCACAGUUUUGAUUAUGCAGCUUCAAUUUUGAGUCUUGCACUUGCGCACGAAGAUGAGACGAUAGUUGUAGGAAUGACCAAUGGAAUAUUGAGUGUGAAACAUCGGAAAUCUGAAGCAAAGAAGGAUUCUUUUCCCAAGAGAAGGAGGCCUGCAUAUCGAACUUUUAUUAAAGGAAAAAGUUACAUGAAGCAACGGGACGACAUUUUGAUCAACAGGCCAUCAAAGAAACACCUAGAAUUGUAUGACAGGGAUCUGAAAAAUUUCCGGGUCUCUAAGGCACUUGACAGAGUCCUUGAGCCCAGUUGUACAAUAAAGACACCUGAGAUUACAGUUUCCAUCAUAAAGGAGCUAAAUCGAAGAGGAGUCCUUGCAAAUGCCCUUGCAGGUCGGGAUGAAAAGGAAAUCAGUCGUGUUCUUAAUUUUUUGAUACGGAAUCUGUCUCAACCAAGAUUUGCCCCUGUUUUGAUCAAUGCUGCGGAAAUAAUUAUUGAUAUAUAUCUUCCUGUGAUUGGUCAGUCACCCGUAGUUGAUAAAAAGUUUUUGUUACUUCAAGGACUCGUAGAAAAAGAGAUUGAUUACCAGAGAGAACUACUAGAAACCUUGGGGAUGAUGGAUAUGCUUUUUGCUACUAUGACAAGGAAAGAAAGCACUUCUGUGCUGCAGCAUACAUCUGAUGGAUUUCUAGAGAACAAGAUGGAAUCGUAGUGUCUGAUGAGACCUGUAAGAACAGCUAACUUGAAAUAGAUUUGAUUCUAUUAACUAUUGGAAAGAGAAUCUCUGAUACAGUAAAAACAAAACAAAAAAAAAGCCCAAAAAAGUAUUCACAGAAGCAGUUUGAUGGAAGAGACUGGAAUAUCUAGAAUUGGUAAAUAAGUACCUAUUGUAAGACAUGGUUUUCCAUGUAAUACUUUGAAUUAUUUCAUGGCAUCUUCGGCUAGAAGAUCUGAGUUGUCUUGGUCGUAGUGUAUUGUCCACCUUGGACAAAGUGAUAUUAAUUUUAAUACAGCAAAGUUCUGUAUCAACAUUUGGGUAGGCCUUCAGAACCCUGGAAUGGGUUUCAACUGGGAAUCCUGCCAAAGGGGCAGGGCUUUAUUUUUUACUUUUCUCCUGGACAAACAACAACAACAGAAACAGCAACAGAAAUAAAUCCUCUAAUCAGUGUGGGAUUUCCAAGCCCUGCUGAUCUCGCCUCCCUUGCCUUGAUGUUAUCAUUUAUCCUAGGUCCCAUGUUCCGCUUCUGCCGGUAAUGGGACUGCGUCUGCUCCACAUGUGACACAUCAGUGGCCAGCUUUGAACAAUUUACUCUGAAUUAGUUAGAACAUGUAUUCAAAGAGUGUGAUGAGGCAGAUUUGAUACCUAAAAAUUGUGCUGUCCAUUCCAGAUUCUUUCCAUUCCUUUAAUCUUGACCAUUCUUACCAGAACAAGGUCUACAGAUAGACCUUAUCGGACCACAAUUUUCUCCUUCUUGAUACACAGAUUUUUUUCUGCCCAGUUUUCAAUUUCAGGUCAGAGGAGUGAUAAAAUUUGCCAUUUAUCUUGUAAUUAAAUAGCCUUUCAACCUUUUAUACAUAUGUUUGGAGCUUCUCUUACAGCUUCCUACCCUUCUGAAAACCACUUUCUGUAAUCAGUCUUUAGAGUUUGUUUCUCUAAUCUCCACAAUCAUCUUGUGUUUUAGAACUCAAAGAUAGAGUAGCUUGUUUUGGAAAAUAGUUUUUGUUUUUUAAAGGUCGAUGUAAGCCACAUUUUUAUAAAGAUAUUCUUUCUUCUUGGCUUUCUGAGAUAUGUGAAUUCAUGAAUAGUCACUGGCUACUGUUUUAGGACACUGAUUUCACACUUGCUACUUCUCCCUUUUCCCAGUUCCUAUUCCACCUCAAGUAGUUAUCUGUAAGGAAACCUGCUUUGUGUUUAAAAAAAAAAAAAAAAAAAAACUUAAGGAAGAUUAUGCAAUGAGAAUCUCCUCUUAGAGUUUAGUUUUGUGAAUUCAGGUUUUUUUUUUAAGGCAGAAAAGAAUAUUUCUGUGGUCUGGAAAGGGCAUGUGCUCAAAAAUAGGGUCUAGUUUCCCUUUCUUGAAUUGGUGAAUGCACAGUGGCUUAUGAAGAAACCAGGGGUUUAUUUCCCGGAGUAAUUAUGAGAUUUAGACAAGGUCAGAAACCCUGUCUUCAUGUUAAAAGGGUUAAUUUAUUUAAGUAAAUUUUGUAUUUAAAAGCUUUUAAAAGUAUUUAACUUUUAAGUAUGCUGUAUACUAGUAAAAAUUAGAAGUUGAAAAUUCUAAAACUAGCUGCCAUCAAGUGUGCAACACGUGACAAGAGUUUUCCCAUACAUUAUUUUAUUCAAGUCUCAUCACAGCCAUCCAGUGUUGGUGUUGUCACUUAAUGCUGAAUGAGCUCCAGUGGUCAGCCCACUUUUCCCCCAGGCCUGAGUCCCUCAUCAUCCCGGCACUGUGAACCCACCUGGCCUCUGGGGCCAAGCCUCCUGUUCCUUUAACAGGACUUCACCGAGCGCUGCGGUUCUUGGAUGAAAUCUAGAAUGAAGAUGAAUUUUCAAAAAGGUUUUGCAAUUCCCAUAGCCAUUGAUACUGUAUAGUAAUUUCAAGAAUAGUUUUUAUAUUCAUUGGGACAAACAAGUAUUUGUUAUUUAAAGUAUUUAAACACAAUUGGCAUAUUAGGCAUAUUAUGCUGUGUUGCGUUGGCCUUUGGAUUCUAAUAUAAAAUGACAGAUAUUAAGGCUUCUGAAUUUUAGUUGAAAAGUACUUUAAAAUAUUACUAAGCCUGCAAAAAUCUUGACAUGUCCCAGAGAACUUAGGAACUCAUCGUACAUUUAACUUAUUGUAAGAGUUAAGCACUUGGGAAGGUUCUGCUUAUUGGAUCAAGCAUUUGAAGUGCUAUUUACAAGAAAAACAUCUUAAGUGUAUAAAUGCUAUUGUUUAAAGGAAUUUGGAUUGUAAGUGGAUUUGUUUAAAAAAAUUUUAAAUUUAGUGUGUUCAACUUAAAUCUACUUUAUGAAACAUGAAUUAAAGGCCCCCUUGAAAGUGAUUAUUAAGAUGAACUAGUAUUAUGGAUGGAAUAUAAGUUAAAUCUAAAACCUUAAGGAAAGUUUUCAAAUGCUUAACUUUAACAAGUAACUAAAUUGUCUCUUCAAUGAAUAAAAUGUUCCCUCAGCCACGAAGAGGCACUUACUGUGACUAGGCUGCGUGCCUCUUUCCCCAGAUAGUGACCUAGACCGGGGGUGGUAUAUCUGGCUCAAGCCCAGGCUAAGCCGGGAGUAGUAACUAGGAAUUAUAAUCAAAUUCCUUUUUUUAAAAAAAGGUUUUAUUUAUUUAUUAGAGUGAGGAGAGGUAGAAGCAGGAAGGAGAAAGAAUUUGAAGCAGACUCUGUACUGGACAUGGGGCUCGAUCCCACCCUGCGAGAUCAUGACCUGAGCUGAAAGCAAGAGUUGGACGCUUCUAUGCGCCACCGAGGUGCCCCAAAUUCUUGAUCUUGGCAAAUGUGGGGUUCUGAGAAUGCUUUUUGGAUCAUCAGCAAAGAAAGGAGAAGGAAACUAAGUCCGGAGAAAAUCUGCAAGACCAAGCCAUCCUGCCUCAGCAGGGCAGGCUAGAGAAGAGACCGGGUUCCCAGCGGUUCCGUUUCCCUUCUGGCUGUACCUUAGGGCUUCCCUCGGGGCCAUGAGACUAUUUGGAAUCCUUGUAAUAAAUUCUUUUUGCUUA